GUGUAUAUCACCAAGUGUCUACAUAUUAUUGUUGUCUAACAUAUAAUGCUUGGUUUCCAUGUCUUUCCAAUUUAAUGCAAACAUAAAAACAGUUGAUCUGUUAUUUUCCCAAUUCAAUUUUUCCAACUGCCACACUGACAGUCCAGCCAACUAAGCUUCGACUUCCCCACUACAGUCCUACAUAUCUAACUAUAUAAUAUAACGACGUUACAACUUCUUUUGUAUACAUUAUGCAACUCAUUAGAGAAAAAACUUGGCACGUACGUAUUUCUUCAAGUUGUUAAAUUUGUAGCUAGCUAGUAUAAUGGAGAUAUCAAAAAAUGAAGGAUUGAAUACUGGAAUGGAGAAAACAAGCAAAGAAAGAAAAGAUGGCGGUGUCGCGACACGGUUUGGGUGGCCGGAGGUGGUGUUAAGGGUUUUGGCCAUGGUGCUAACUUUAACAGCUGCCAUUUUGUUAGGGUUGGAUAAACAAACUAAAUUGGUUUCUGUUACAAUUACUCCUGAUCUUCCAGCUAUCAAUGUGCCUGUUAUUGCUAAAUACCACUAUGCCUCUGCUUAUGUGUACUUCGUGGUGGGUAAUGCCAUUGCUUGUGCAUUCGCGGCCGUGUCACUAGCUCUUACAUUUAUAAGUAAUGGAGGUGGGAAAAUUGUUUCACGUUUGAUGAUCAUUGUUGCGGAUUUGAUGAUGGUAGCAUUGUUGUUUUCCAGCAUUGGAGCAGCAACUGGUAUUGGAUUAAUAGGUAUUAAAGGGAACUCACAUCUACAGUGGCACAAAGUUUGUGAUGUGUUUGGUAGAUUUUGCCACCAAGUAAUGGCUUCUGUUGCUCUUUCUUUAUUGGCAGCAAUUGCAUUUCUCUUGCUGAUAAUUCUCGCAGCUUCAAAGCUUCAAAAGAGAACUUAUUAAGAGAGACUUAAUUUGCUUUUGCUUUGUAUAAGAUUUAAUUUCUAAUGUAUGUUUUCAUCUUCUUGGAUUUAUCAAUGUAAUGUGUAGAUUUUCUUGUUCAUCCAACAUUAUUAUUCACUUUACUUGUAUGGGCGACUUUUGUGAAUUUGUCUUAUA